AUGGAACUCUCUUAUCUGUGUCUUGCAGUGCUGAGAGAUGACUUCAGACAGAACCCACAGGACACGGUGGUGGCGGUUGGCGAAACUGUGAGUUUGGAAUGUCAGUCGCCUAGAGGACACCCUGAACCCACCACCUUCUGGAGGAAAGACAAGAGCCGAGUGGACCUCAAAGAUGACAGAAUCACUCCCUUCGCAUUAAUCAGUACCGGAGAAGUAGCUCUUGGUUUCAAAAAGGUCCGUAGUGGGAAACUGACCAUUGUCAAUGCCAAGAAAUCAGAUGCGGGAGUUUAUGUCUGUGUAGCUGCUAAUAUGGUUGGGGAGAGAGAAAGCGAAAAGGCCCAGAUCUCUGUUUUUGAGAGACCAAUGUUUGCACAGCGGCCCGUGAACCAGGUGGUGUUGGUGGAUGAGACUGUGGAGUUCAGGUGUCAGGUCCACGGAGAUCCACCUCCUACACUGCGCUGGAAGAAAGACGAUGUGGACAUUCCCCGUGGCAGGUACGACAUCAAAUAUGAGAAGGAGGAUUUUGUGUUGAGGAUAAAAAAGGCAUCCGUGAGUGAUCAGGGAACGUUCACCUGUCAGGCGGAAAACCGUGUGGGAAAACUAGAAGCUUCUGCCUACUUGACCAUAAGAGCUCGCCCUGUCGAAGCGCCUCAGUUUGUGGUGCGACCGCGAGACCAGAUUGUGGCACAAGGACGAACAGCCGUGUUCCCCUGUGAGACCAAAGGCAAACCUCAGCCCACUGUCUUCUGGCAGCGUGAGGGCAGCCAGGACCUUCUGUUCCCUAACCAGUCGACGCAGGGGGACAGCCGCGUGUCUGUGUCUGUGAGUGGAGAGCUCACCAUCUCCUCGGUGCAGCGCUCCGAUGCAGGUUACUACAUCUGCCAGGCCCUCACUGUGGCUGGCAGCAUCAUGGCAAAGGCCCAGCUGGAAGUAGCAGACGCGCUCAAGGACCGCCCCCCUCCUAUAAUCAGACAAGGACCGUCCAAUCAGACGCAGGCGCUGGGGGGAGCGACCGUCCUCAAGUGCCAGGCGUCAGGAGACCCCGAGCCCACGGUGACCUGGAGGAAGAACGGAGCCAGUCUGCUGGGAAAAGACCCUCGCUUUUCACUGCUGGAGCAUGGAAGUUUGCAGAUUCAAAGCACCAAGCUGUCUGACUCUGGACUGUACACCUGUGUGGCGACCAGCUCGAGUGGUGAAACCUCGUGGAGUGCCUACUUGGAUGUCAGAGAAUCAACUGAUCUCAUAGACUUCAUGACCCACAACGCCACGGCUCUCCCUGGUCCACCCUCAAAGCCAGAGGUCACUGAUGUUACCAAGAGCAGCAUCUCAUUGUCAUGGGAACAGGGUCCAGAGGCAAGCUCCCCGGUGUCCUCCUAUGUCAUCGAGGCCUUUGGACAGUCUGUGAGCAACAGCUGGCAGACAGUUGCAGACCAUGUGAAAACCACUGAGCUCACAGUUCGAGAUCUUCGGCCCAAUACUGUUUAUCUGUUCAUCAUCAGAGCGGUCAACACACAAGGGCUGGGAGACCCCAGUCCUAUGUCUGAGCCUGUCCGGACACAAGAUAUCAGCCCCCCAGCUCAGGGCGUGGACCACCGGCGAGUGCAGAAGGAGCUGGGAGAUGUAGUGGUCAGCAUGCACAACCCUGUGGUGCUUAGCUCCACUACAGUGCAGGUCACAUGGACUGUGGAAAAUCCAUCGCAGUUUAUCCAAGGCUACCGCGUGUUGUUCCGGCAGACAUCAGGACUUCCCUCCCCGGGGCCGUGGCAGAUUCAGGACGUGAAGGUCGCUUCUGAGAGAGACAUCACUUUGAGCGGGCUCAAGAAAGGCAUCGUGUACGAGAUAAAAGUGCGGCCAUACUUCAACGAGUUCCUGGGCGCCGACAGUGAGUCCAUGACGGCUCGGACCAUGGAGGAAGCCCCUGGUGCCCCUCCCCAGCAAGUGGCGGUGUUGACAGUGGGCAACCACAACAGCACAUCUAUCAGUGUAUCCUGGGACCCCCCUCCUUCAGACGAACAGAACGGCAUCAUCCAAGAGUACAAAAUCUGGUGUUUGGCCAACGAAACCCGCUUCCAUGUCAACAAAAGUGUGGACGCAACCAUCCGUUCAGUGGUGCUGGGGGGUUUGCAGACUGGAGUGCAGUAUCGCGUGGAAGUGGCGGCAGGGACCAGCGCUGGAGUGGGGGUCAAGAGCAAACCCCAGCUCAUCAUCCUGGGUGCCGAGCUCCAGGACGUAAUGACUGGAUCAGAGGGGAACAACAGCAUCUCUGACGUGGUGAAGCAGCCCGCCUUCAUCGCAGGACUGGGAGGGGCCUGCUGGAUCGUUCUCAUGGGCUUCAGUGCCUGGCUUUACUGGAGGAGAAAGAAGAGGAAGGGUCUCAGUAACUACGCAGUCCAGUCCUUCACCUUCACACGUGCAGUGACGUUCCAACGAGACAGGGGCCUCAUCAGAAACGGAAGUCGUCCUGGCUUGCUCAAAGCUCGAGACCAAGGCCUGCCCUGGUUGGCUGAUUCCUGGCCUUCCACCAGUCUCCCAGCCAAUGGCGGCUUGGGCAGUCCAAAGAACAGCAGCAACUUUGGCCGUGGAGAUGUGUUGCCUUCCGUGGAGAAGACUGGCACCAUGCUGUCCGACGGUGCCAUCUAUAGCAGUAUCGACUUCAUGGGGAAAACGGGUUACAGCAGCCCAGCACGCACCGGUCAGCCCACCCCCUACGCCACCACUCAGAUUCUGCAGUCCAACAGCUUCCACGAGCUGGCCGUGGACCGACCAGACCCCCGCUGGAAGGCAUCUCUGCAAGCCCAGCAGGAGAUGGCCAACCUGGGCUACUCGCUCACUGACAGACGCCCUGGCACUGGUGCAAAGGUUGGGAAGAAGAAGAAACUAAAAGGUGGAACUAAGAGCUCUAAAUCCAACGGGUCGUGCUGGGCUAACAUGCCGCUGCCCCCGCCGCCCAUGCACCCGCUGCCAGGUACCGAAGUUGACCUUGACCACUACCCCCAGGAAAACCACGGAGGAGGGUAUGACAGUAACAGUUGGGCCCCACCCAUGUCCAUCCACACCUAUCGUCAUCAGAAUCUGAACGCUGAGGGGGAGGAGGAGAGAGGGCCCACUCCUCCUUUAAGGGGCCGCUCUUCGUCUCCUGCAUCUUCUUUCAAACAGCCCUCGUCAUCCUCCCUGAGCUCCACUCACCACGAGGAAAUGCAGUCUAUUCUCCAGGCGCACUUGGACGAGCUGACCAGGGCCUACCAGUACGAGGUCGCCAAACAGUCCUGGCAAAUGAAGAGCAGUCCAAAUGUGAACAACCCUGUGAUCCCGCCCAUGGACUUCCUGUCGAGUACGCUGGGAUCGGAGGUGGGGGCAACGCUGCUGUCGGAGGAGGAAGAGGAGGAAGAGGAGAGAUAUGCCAUGGUGUCCAAAAACCUGUUUGACUACACACCUGGCCAUAGCACAGAAAACCUGGAAGAUUCAGGGAAACCCUCUCAUCAGAGUCGUGCGGACAGCUCCGGCCUCUCGGACCACAGCGCACAGAACACACAGAGUCUUAACCACCAGAGGGCGCCCAUCUCCAGCCACAAACCUACAGAGAAAAUCGGGACUUUGCCGAGACGUCGAGACGCCAACACAGAUGCAGCUGCUAAAGCCCUGCACUCGGUGGGCUCCCGUCUGAACAGCUCGUGGAAUAGCGCCUCCGCUGACCCCUCCGAGGAGUGCAUGGCAGAGCCACACUGGGAAGAGGGUCCAAUAAGAGACCCUCGGAGCAGAACGGACUCCCCCCAAACAGCACAGAGAGACGGGAGCACUAGUCCUGAUGAAGUGUGUUGGCCUGCAGUGGUCGCGCCCGCCCCGGGACACGCAGCUUGUUUAUAG